AUGGACGGCAUAUUGGAUCUGGUCACCUUCGUGGAGCAUGAGCGAGCCGAAGGUCGAGUCACGGUGGCGGCCUUUUUAGACAUUCGCAGAGCAUAUGACACGGUUAGUCAUCACCAUGUACUUUAUGGCCUGUACAUCCGUGGAAUUCACGGUCGGCUCCUUCGCUGCAUUGCGGAUUUCCUGCGAGGCCGUUCCGUACACAUGCACACGGAAGACGGAGGCAGUGACAAUCACGACGUCUCCAGCAGUGUACCUCAAGGGAGUGUACUUAGUCCUCUACUAUUCAAUGUAGUUAUGGAACUUCUUCCUCAGCAACUCCCUAACGGUGUGCAUAUCGGUAUGUACGCCGAUGAUAUAUGCCUAUGGUCAUCGGGAGUUCAGUUGCCAGCCUUUCAGCGGCGGCUUCAGGCAGCCCUUGAUUGCACACACACAUUCUUGACUGAAAGGGGUAUGGACAUAUCCCCCGAGAAAACUGUGUACCUGCCUUUCACUAGGAAGAAGAUGACGAACUUCCAACUGAAGCUCGCCGAUCAGCCGAUUCAGAGAGUGCCACAUCACCGUUUCCUAGGAGUUAUCAUCGACCAUCAGCUGUCAUGGGCUGCUCACGUUAAGUGCUUGAAGGACAGAGUCGUCGCGCAUACCAACAUCCUGCGUCAUUUCGCAGGUCCCAGCUGGGGAAUGUCGACCUCGUCCCUCCUCACUGCUCAUAAAGCACUUAUUCGGCAGGUGAUGGCAUAUCAUCUACCGGUCCUGCAUGGCAUUAGCGAGACCUCGGAGAAGACGCUUCACAGCGUCCUGACAAGAAGUCUCAAAGUCUGCCUAGGUGUACCCGUUGCUUCUUCUAACACACUGUCUACAGCGGAGGCCAGAGAACCACCGGUGGAUGUAUUGAGGACGCAAGAGACUCUGCGGCACUACAUCCGACUGCGCACGCAACACGACAGACAACCUCUGGUACGGAAAGUGCACCGUAGAAACUCUUCUUUCUCCGAAGCCGUUUCCCCAUACCGCAAGACCCUGCCUAAGAGGCCUCAUCCGUGUACGAUCUCACAUCCUCCAUGGUCGCUUGGCUGUCCUCGCAUCUACACCACGGUGCCAGGUGUCUACCAUCAAAAGUCAAAUCUGCCGCCUUCGGCCCUGAAACAAUACUGCCUGUCCAUGUUGGAGAACAACCAGCCAAGAAUUGCUAUGUUCACCGAUGGCUCCACGACGAAAUCCGGAUCUGCAGCGGCAUACGUGGUACCGCAGCACUCCAAAGAGGGCAUAGUGCGGUUAUCCCAUAGGACCUCUUCCACGACAGCGGAACUGGUAGCUAUACACCUUGCCGUGAGAUACAUAGCCACGCACGCGCGACCUGCGCACUGGAUUGUCUACAGCGACCCAAAAGCUGGACUGGAGGCCAUGUUGGCUUUCUUGGGGAACAGUUGGACAGCUUCAACGGUGACGGAGAUCCUAACGGAAUACAAGAGAUGUACGGACCUGGGACAUGACGUUAUCUUCCAAUGGAUUCCGGGGCACAUUGGCAUCCGCGGUAAUGAAACUGCAGACGAGCUAGCUGGAAUUGCACACCUGGCUUCCACCAAAUACGUCGUGAUGUAUACAGGGUCGGACAUCAAACUUCUACUAAGGUCCAUGACAGACGACAUGUGCAAACGCAAAUGGCUACAAGGUGACGGUGGGUCAUCUCUUCUCAGAAGAAUAGACCCGGAACUACAAUUCAGCAUCCCUCCCUCGACUGCCAGAAGUAUCGCAACAUUUCUACACCGUGCACGCCUGAACGUCCCGUAUGGCCGGCAUUUCCUGCAUAUGGUGGGCAAGGCGGAUUCCCCGGAUUGCCCAGUGUGUGGGAUGGAAGAAAAUACUGAACAUAUUUUUAUGGAGUGCAGAAAACAUUAG